UUGCGUCUCCAACACACUGAUUCCCUGACCGCGUCUAAAGUCUCCCGGAAUCAAAACAACAGUGUCAUUUUUUACCUUUUCAACUCUCAGCUCCUCGGAUUACCCACUUGCACGUUCAAGAGAAGAGAAUAUGCUUUUUGGCCUUUGGCUUUUCUUGUGUGAAGGGGGGAGAGAGAGGGAGAGAGGGUGUUGUUUUUUCUUUCUUGGUAUUUCUUAGCUGUUACUCAUUCUAACUGGCAGUGUGGUGCUGUGAAGACCAUCAAGACAAUCCGUGGGUUCUCAAAUAGACCGAACCCCAUCUGCAACUCAACCGCUCCCUUUUCUCCUUGUAUAGAGAAACCGGGAGAGGAUGUUGACUUGUAUUGCGUGUUCAAAGCGACUAAAUAACCGAUAUUCGCCGCCGAGAGACAGAGAAGAGGAUGUUGAUGUUGCUGCUUUUGAGACGCUUAAGACUAAGCACGCCAUGAAGGCACUCACAGCUCAAAUAAAGGACAUGGCUGUAAAGGCCUCAGGAGCAUAUAGAAACUGCAAGCCAUGUUCACGAUCUUCGAGCAAUAACAAUAACAGGAACUAUGCUGAGUCUGAUGCUGCCUCAGACUCAGCGAGGUUCCACUGCUUGUAUCGUAGAGCAGGAAGUUCCAAUUCGACUCCGAGGAAGUGGGGGAAAGAGGCGGAGGCAAGACUAAAAGGGGUAUCGAGUGGCGAAGGCACACCUGCUUCAGUUAGUGGGCGGACGGAGUCGGUGGUUUUUAUGGAGGAAGAUGGGCCUAAGGAGUGGGUUGCACAAGUUGAGCCUGGUGUGCUCAUCACUUUUGUUUCAUUGCCUGAUGGCGUUAAUAAUCUGAAGCGAAUUCGAUUCAGUCGUGAAAUGUUCAAUAAAUGGCAAGCUCAAAGAUGGUGGGCUGAGAACUAUGACAAGGUCAUGGAAUUAUACAAUGUUCAACAGUUCAAUCACCAAUCAGUCCCACUUCAAACUCCACCAAGAUCUGAAGAUGAGAGCUCAAAGCCUGAAUCAGCCAAAGACAGUCCCACGACUCCACUGGGCAAAGAACGCCCAAACAAUUUCCACCAUCCAACAAGAAUGGGUUAUUCGUCAUCAGAUUCACUUGACCACCACCCAAUGCAACCUCACCAAUAUUAUGAGUCGGCUGGUCUUGCUUCAACACCAAAGCUCUCUAGCAUUGCUGGGGCUAAAACUGAGACAUCAUCAAUAGAUGGUUCUGUGAGGACUAGCAUGUCAAGAGAGUCAGAUCGCUCAGAAGAACUUUCCAUCAGUAAUGCAAGUGAUAUGGAGACUGAAUGGAUUGAACAGGAUGAACCAGGGGUAUACAUCACUAUCGGAGCACUGCCAGGUGGCACCAGGGAGCUUAGACGUGUCAGGUUCAGCCGAGAAACAUUUGGAGAAACACGUGCAAGGUUGUGGUGGGAGGAGAACCGAGCCAGGAUAAACGAACAGUACUUGCACAGGAGCCAGGAUACACGAACAGUGCUUGUAGAUUAGCAAACAGAUGAGAUGGUGGCGCUUGGAAAAUGUGUAUACCUUUAACUAACACAGGUUAAAAAGCAUUCCAUGGAUCUUGCGGGCUGAAUAGAUGAAGCUUGUUCGCCCAGUUCCAUGUUUUGCUUAAAAACUUCUUGAUUCUUUUCUUUCUUUGUCUAUUCCUUUUCAUCUGGUUGGAUGAUGUUGAACUAUUAGGUUAUGCUACAUAUAGUAUAUUGUUUUUCUUUUCUUUUAUUUAGUUCAUAAUUUA